AUGAUGGGAAAGAAGUUGGUGACUGCACAAAAGCGAGGGGAGACGAGAGCCCUCUGCCUGGGACUGGGAAUGGUUGCAUGCUCCAUGAUGAUGUACUUUUUUAUUGGGAUCACCAUUGUGCCAUUUUACACUAAGAGUGUUUGGACAACAGAAACUGUGUGCAAGGUACUCAAAGCCAACAUCAAGGACAAAGUUUUCUGCCCAAACAGUGAAGGCUCAGAGAAUGAGGAGAUCUUUCCUUAUCCCUGUCUACAGGUGUGGGUUAAUCUGACAGCCUCAGGACAGGAAGUCAUGCUCUACCAGACUGAAGAUACGCUGGAAAGAAAUCCUAAGUGCUCAUACGUCCCAGACAAGGUGGAGAACUCUAAAGAAGUUAAAGCACGAAUUGAAACAAUUGCAAGCAAUUUCAAAAAAUACCAGAUUUUCCCGUGUUACUAUGACCCAGGAGGAACACAGACCAACGUCAUUUUAAGCAGACUUUAUCCUUCAAAAGGCCUCCUCUUUGCUUUCCUCUGGCCCACACUCAUGUUUACUGGUGGAUGUCUGAUUAUUGUUCUGGUAAAAAUUAGUCAGUAUGUUUCUGUUCUUUCUGCUUGGCAGUAA